GUCAGUUUUAAACCUCGUGCCGUGCUGGUGAAGAUCGUGCACAGCCAAUUGCGUGUUGUUUUUUGGGGUUGCAGUGGUACGGAAUAUUGGGUGAACCAUCGCAAGAGGGAACACCUGAAAAUAGGACGUUCCUUUGUACACAGUACGAUGGGUUUCCAAAGAGUGUUAGUUGCCUGUCUUCUUAUUAUAACCUUCUCUGGAGUGAUAUCACAAGAAGAUCCCAAAUGCGAAACACCGACUAAGUCCGAUGGGUUCUGCGUUUCAAUUGAACGAUGCCGGAACAUUCACUCCAUCGUUAACUCACUAACACCACAUCCUUGGAGAAUUCAGAAUUACAUUAACCGAGCGGCCUGUACGCAGCCCGGUGUGGCACGUAGCGUAUGUUGUCAACCGUUGCAGAUUGUUCCCAAACCCGUUACAACUACGUCAACUACCACAACCCGUGCACCAGCUGUAGAGUUUUUGGUCCGAACCUUCACUAGACCAGUGAUGACGGUUGGCGUUGAGCCAGAUUCUUCCACCCCACUGGACUGGAGUCUGCUACCGACGAUGGAUUGUGGAACAAUAACGAUCAACCGAAUUGCGAACGGUAAUGCGACACGUGUCUUUGAAUACCCAUGGAUGGUUCUGCUGCGGUACACACUGAAGGGUAAACUACAAGACGGUUGCGGAGGAUCGCUGAUCAACAAUCGUUACGUGCUGACUGCGGCACACUGCAUUAAAACAGUUAAUAGUCUCAAAUUGUAAGUAUCAAAAAUUAAA